ACCUUCACACGCCGCACCCCAAGCACCAGCCAACAGACGUCCGACCCAGCGAAAUACGGACAGGGUGGAAAAAGAGAUACAUGACUGACUCACACGAGGCUUUAGCAAACACUUCAGCCCGGAUCAAUAAAUGUUUUCUGCCCUGGGCCUCAAGGUUUUCUCUGUUUGUCUUCUGAACAGAAUCUACAUUAUCUAUGCUGGGGAGCAUUGGAAGAUGUAACGGUUUGGCACCUUAUGUGAUCUUGUAGACCUUCAUCAUUCUGUUCCAAAACUUUGUCUGAACUAGCCUAUGAAAUCGAGCCACGUACGAUAAUAGUAAACGAGCAGCGGCAUGUACACAUACAUGUACUUUCUAGCACCCGUACACAUCAUUUUGAACUUUCAAAGGGAGUCCUUCCGCCGGACCACGCCCUCGUGGUCACACCGCUUGUUAAUCUUGGGGGGGGGGGCUAAGAGAGAAUGUCAAGCAUGGAAAAUAUUUCCCGAUACAUUUUGCCCUUUUGUGGUUUUGUUUGUUGUUAAGUGUAAAUUUGUCAAUUAAUAGCUUGAUUAGGUUGUAGGGGAAUGAGAGAAAAUCAGUCGAUUCAAGUUCUUAUAGUCUCUUGAAGCCGCCUCCCCGCCUGCAGUGUCUGCGCCUGAGUCCACUGUUGCCUAAAUGAGUUUUGUUACUUUGUUGAAUUAAAAUGUAGUUGGAACAAAAUAGGAAUAUCGAGUUAAAGUAUUGGGCGGUGUUUCCUAAAUUUUGAAGUUAUAUGCACGCUGUUGACGGAUGAGAAAGCGUUAAACAGCGAAGUGAUGAUUUUAUUCCUGGUUCAUAGACAGAGUUGGAUAUAAUUAUGCCCAACUGUGGCCUGGCUGCAAGUCUAAGUUUUCCUCAAUUGGGUUCAGCGGUUAAAAUGUUCGUAGUUGGGCAGUUGUGUGUACAGCUGUCCAACGUCCCAUUCGAGUAGAUCGACCAAAUCUUCUUCUCCUAAGUGUGUUUGUGGAAUAACAGCCAAGGAGUACACCUGAAAUGGUCAAUGAUGGCUGACGAUUCUGACGAAGAAGAUUUUGUUUCGUAUGGAACUCCUCUGGAACCGAUAGAGGAUGAGGAGUCGAGGCGCAAACCAGUUUCGCUCGAGGAUCAGAUUGUCACCGACAAGCAAGGCCGCCGGCGCUUUCAUGGAGCCUUCACCGGCGGUUUCUCGGCUGGUUACUUCAACUCGGUGGGUACAAAAGAAGGAUGGACUCCCUCUGCGUUUGUGUCGUCCAGAGGCCAGAGGGCAGGUGGUCCAUCCAGGCAGAGGGCCGAAGAUUUCAUGGACGAAGAGGUUCGGAACAAUUUUACUGAUUUGAUCACUGCACCAAAUGACAGGACUCCUGAAGAGCUUGAGUGCGCUUAAAUUCCCGGUCUACCAAAUCAGCUUGGUGACUUGUUCAGUAAAAGUGAUACCUCCACCCGCCGCCCAUUUUUUU